UUACUGCAUUUUAGUUGACAGUUGACUGGCUUCCGCAUGAUAGACAUAAAUAGUCUCGUCAUCUGUAGGCUAUAAAACUUUAUUGUACUUGACUCUCUAUGUAAAAGACAGCAAGAGGUAACAAAGAAAAGAUAAGGAAACGAAAGAGGGAUAAACAUACUUCAAUAGUGUGCAAGAUAUAGCCUUUACUUGGAAGUAGAAUAACCCACUAUAUCUUUUACUCUUAGACAAGAGUUUCUAAGCAGUAAACCCGAGAAUGUCUUGGUUUCUUGUAAUACUAUUUCUCAGUCUUACAUUUGGUACAACUCAUUCUGAGGCUAGCCAUAACAGGAAGCUUCCCUCUGCUGUUGUGGUUGGCACUGUUUACUGUGACACAUGCUUCCAACAGGAUUUCUUCAUGGGCAACCACUUCAUUUCAGGUGCAUCAGUUGCUGUAGAAUGCAAAGAUGGAUAUGGGACUACAAAGCCAAGGUUCCAGAAAGAAGUGAAGACAGAUGAGCAUGGGGAGUUCAAGGUAAAGUUACCUUUCUCAGUGAGCAAACAUGUGAAGAGCAUCAAGGGAUGCACUGUGAAAUUAAUAAAUAGCAGUGAGCCUUACUGUGCUGUGGCCUCGGCAGCAACCUCUUCCUCACUGCGCCUCAAGUCCAGAAAGCAAGGACUACACAUAUUCUCAGCUGGCUUUUUCUCAUUCAAGCCUCUUAAACAGCCAAAUCUUUGUAAUCAAAAACCAAGCAAUAAAAACAUGAAAGGCCUUGAUUCUGUGAAAACUAUGUUCCCUCCAAAAAUAGAUCCAUCAUUUCCUCCUCCACUUCAGGACCCAAAGACACCUGGUGGUCUCCUUCCUUCCGUUCCUGGAUUACCUGACCUUCCACCAUUACUGCCACCACUCCCUCUUUUACCACCCGGUUUAGGAAUAUCAGUGUCAACACCAGUUCCUCCAGGAAUUACCAAUAAGUCCCCAAAGGUUCAACGGGUUCAACCUUUGGAUCAGAAAAUAGCUGACCCUAAUACCUUCUCAUUUCCUCCUAACCCAUUUUUUCCACCACCUACUGUACCCAACCCAUUUCAGUCACCACCUCUAAAUCCUAACCCAUUACAGCCACCAGAAACAUUACCAACUGUUCCUAACCCUUUUCCUUUCCCAACAGUACCAGGCUUAACUCCAUCCCCAUCACCACCAGCUUUUCCCGUUCCUUUUCCUCCACUAUUCCCUCCACCUAGCAGCCUUGACACAUCCUCCACUUUUUCAAAGAAUGCUUCUCCUUAA